GUUGGGGCACAAACUUGCAUCCUUUGGGCGCAGCUUGAUCCAAUCGCGGCCCGGGCACAUGGCGGCGCCUACAGCUUUGCAGCCUCCAAGUUCAUCACCACCAUUGCUUGGUUUCUGUGGGUCGUGCCAGUGCAUUACUUGGUUGUGUUCAGGGUGGUGCACUGGAUGACGAUCCACCAGUCCAAACCACUCCUGCUUCGAAUCCUUACCACCUGCAUCGGGUACACUGCAGUCACCAUGAGCGCUGCGUUGUCUCACAUCCUUCAAGCGGCGCUCUACCAAGCCAUCCCUGAAGAGCCUCUCAUCGCCGGCGGGGUGUUUGUAGUUGUGACUCUUGGCUUUGCAGCCGUCGGCCAUCAUGUGCUCACCAGGCCCUGGAAAAAGAGGCAGGGGACGACAAGCAAGCCUUAA